AUACUCUAAGGAAACCUCCCACAUAACCUUCCCAUACAGGGUACAUUCAACAUUUUGCAUGGCUCUCAAGGCCCAUAUGCCUAAUUCUCCCAUGUAAAUACGUUCUCUUACCUUUGAAGCCAAGUGAAAUUGAUGGUUACGUGCCUGGCAUGCAAAGCUAAAGAGGUUGUGGUUCAACGAUGGAGAAACUACUAUCAAACCUGUCCUGUUCUCCACCAUCUUUGCAACACUUGUUUCUUCCUUCUCUUCUCAGAGUGGCCUCUUCAGUUGCCCUUUUUCUGCUUCCUCCAGAUGAUCUGGGUAAACUUUCUGGAUUUGUAUCAACAUAAAUUCUUGGUCUAGACAGAUUUAUUUUUGGAAAAGAGAGGGCAAAGGGAAUGGCAUCAUUAACACCCGGGGUACUGCUUAAGCUUCUUCAGAGUAUAAAUUCCAAUAUAAAGGUUCGAGGAGAAUAUCGGUCUGUCCUUUUACAAGUGAUCAGCAUUGUUCCUGCCUUAUCUGGAUCAGAGCUGUGGCCAAACCAUGGCUUCUUCAUAAAAGUCUCGGACUCUUCUCAUUCGACAUAUGUUUCACUAUCCAAGGAAGACAAUGAGCUUAUCUUAAACAAUAAAUUGCAGCUAGGCCAAUUCUUCUAUGUUGAUAGAGUGGAAGCUGGAACCCCGGUUCCAAUUCUAGUUGGUGUGAGACCAGUUCCAGGAAGAAAUCCAUUUGUUGGAAACCCGAAAGAUUUGAUGCAAAUGUUGGUGCCUUCUGAGGGUCCUGUCCAAGUUGAUCAUGAAGGAAUUAAUGGCUCAAAAUUGAGUGAAUUAUUGGAACCAAAAGAGGAGAGUCCAAGACAGAAAAUUGUUAUCAAAGAGGAGAAGGUGGUGGUUGCAUCUAGGUACAUGCAAGGUGUUUUGACAUCAAAUUCAAAAGUAAAUGGAGUGGAUUGCAAUGGUGGAGGGAAGAACAAUGAGAAUGAGAAUGGUGGAGCAGGAAAAAAGGUUGGAUUGUUGAAAGGAAGACAGCAAGAGCUUAAAGGUCAGACACACUCAAUGACUCCGAUGCGCAGUCAACAAGAUGCACUUGUAUCAAAGCCAGAGGUUGCUGUAUCCAAUGCCAAGGAGAGUGCAGUGCCUGUGAAGGGCACAACUACAAAACGCCCCACAAGCAAACAGGAAACCAUCAACUCGAAUUGUUUGUUAAAUCUUAAAGAUAAAAAUCAUUCAUCUGAGAAAAUUUCAUGGAUGUCUCUGCCUGCCAACCUUCUGAAGCCUGGAAAGGGAAUGCUUAGAAGGAGAAAUUUAGCUUCUUUGAUUGCAGCAGAAGCCCAAAAGGAGGCAUCCACAGCUGCAGUUCUUGUCAAAUGCCUGGGUAUGUUCGCUAAUCUGUGCUCAUCUUCCUCAAUGGAGAACCCCCACCUCUCUCUCACAAAGUUCUUUACACUCCAUCAACUCAUUGACCAACCAAAUGCCACAACCCAAUUGAAGGAUAAAUCCCUUCAUCUGUCUAACAAUUCAUCUCCACAGGCAGAUAAAUCUAGUAAAAAGACAGGUCUAAUUCAUGGUAAAAGUGCAUUGAAAUCUGCAAAGCCCUCAAUAGAGCUAAGUGGGACUGAGAAACUAGAGUGGGCAAAAGGGGAUGGUGCCAAAGAGAUCAAAGAACUGAAAGAGAUUCUCUUGAAUGAGACACAAUCUUGGUUUUUGAAAUUCUUGGAAGGAGCAUUGGAUGCAGGGUUUCGCAUCAGCACCAUGGAGAAGAAAAGUAAGGAGAUUGUAGGGCGGCGAAUGGAACCUGACAAUCACAUUGCUGUCACAUUAUCACAACUUAAGCAUGCAAAUGAGUGGUUGGAUAAACUAAGAAGCAAAUUGAGCUCAGAAAACAAUGAGUUAGUAAAGACCAUUGAUAGGUUGAAACAAAAAAUAUAUGCUUGUUUGCUUGCUCAUGUGGAUUCUGCUGCAUCAGCUCUAGAGAGCCGAUCUGGUUGAUUCAGCAAAAGGGGAUGACUUUAGGAUUGUAAGUUUCUUUCUUGCAAAGGAAUAACUUAAUAUUUAAGGCAAUCUGCAUUGCCAAGUAAUGAUAACUUAAGCCAAACAGAAGCUACUGUAAGUUUGGCCAAACACGUUUGAAAUACAAAUAUGUUUAAGUUAUUUGUGUACCAGAACAAAUAAGGCCAUUGAGGCUAAUUUCAAUAAAAGCUUGAGAAUUCAUUCA